AUGGCCGGGGACGAGCUGUCAAGGAAUGAGCCGGACGCGCCGCCCGCCGUGCUCGGCACGGCCGUUCGACUGGUCCGCGGAACGGAGAGAGACAGCGAUACGGCACGGAGCGCGGUUUCAGGCGCGGAGGAAGGCGCGGGCGCUCAGGCGAAACCACCGCCGCGCACCGCUGGCGCGCGAGCGCACGCGGUGGAGGCGCCGGAGGGCAGCGACGACGGCCGGGAACUACGGCGACGAGCAUGGAACGCGUGGGUUGAGCACCACAGGGGCGCGCAGAGGCGGCUCCACAGCGCUGCGGUCCUCGGUGCCAAGCAAGAGUUCCUUCUCGAGGUCGACGCGUUCGCUGCGUGGCGCGAGCUGGCCCGCAAGAACAAGGAGCUGCGGCGUCUGGAAGCCAUCUUGCAGGAACGGUUGCGGCGGUCGCGCCGACGCGGGGCCUUCGACGGCUGGGUCACCCGCGCGCAGCACGGGCGGCUUAAGCGGCAGGCCUACGCGGAGCUCCGCGCCUGGCACGAGCGCCGCGUCCUGCGCGGCGUCCUCACCGCGUGGCACGCGGAGGCGCGCGACAACCGCGUUGACCGCGCGGGGACCGACCGCGCCCUCGAGCACUACUCGAAGCGGCUGCUCGAGCGCGCCGCGGCCGCGUGGCUGUCGUACGUCGGGUACAGGCGGGCGAAGCGGCGCGCCCAGCGGCUGGCGGCGGGCUUCCGUGAUGGUCUGUUGAUGGACAAGGCGUGGUACACGUGGCGGUGCGAGCUGCCGGCGAUGCGUUCGCGGCGGAUCGCGGGGGAGAAGCUCGCGGGGGAGUUCGCGGACCUGAAGCGGGCGCACCGGGCGCUGCAGGUGUGGAGGGGGGCGGCCGGGCGGCUGCGGUGGGCGCGUGCGGCGGCGGAGGCGGCGGCGGGGCGGCUGCGCGAGCUGCGGGCGGCAUUGAUCGGGCGGAAGUUCGCGCGGGCGUGGCGCGACGCCGCGCGCGCGCGCGCGAGGGCGCUGGGGGACCGUGUGCGGAGCGCGGUGCUGCAGGGGGCCGUGCUGGGCACGCUGGGGGCGUACGCGGCGCACAAGCGGCGGAAACGCGCGCUCGAGGACCGCGCGGACGCCGGGCGGCGCGACGCGCUGCUGAGGCGCGCAUGGGCGGCGUGGCAAGAGGGGCACGCCGAGGCGGUGUGGGAGCGGCGCGCGGAGGGCGUGGCGUGGCACAUGUGCCGCGAGGUGCGGGUGCGCGGCGCGUGGCGCGCGUGGCGCGUCGCGGUCGAGGACGCGCAGCGCGACGCCGCGAUGGCUGCGCGCGCGGACCGCCACCGCCGCGAGCGCCUCGCGUGGUGCGCGAUCGCCGCGCUGCAGGCCCGCGUCGCAGUGGUGCACAAGAAGCGAGAAGCCCUCGCCAUGCGCGACAGGUGGCUCAAGGCCCGCGCGGUCGUCGCGUGGCACGAGUGGUGGGAGUACCGCGUCGUCCGCGACGAGCAGGACCGCGCCGCCCGCCGCCAUUGCUACCUCUUGCGCCUCCGCCGUGGCUUUGCCGCGCUGCGAGAGAACAUGGAGGUGCGCGAGGACGCGCGGGAACGCUUCGGCGCCGCGAUCGCGCUGAUCCGCAACGGCGCGCUCUGCGCGGGCGUCCUGCGCGCCUGGCGCCGCGAGGCGGUGCCGGCGUUGCGGGACGAGCGUGCGCGGGAGGAGGGGGCCGCCGGGGUGUACCACGCGAACCUGCUGGCGCGCGCGAUGGACGCGUGGGGUGCCGGGGCGCGCGUGCUGCGGCUUGAGCGCGAGAAGGAUGAGUACGCGGAGCUGCAUAGGGAGCAUCGGCUGCUGACGACGGCAGUGGCGUGGUGGCGCGGGUGGGCGCGCGAGCGGUCGCGGAAGGCGCGGGUGCGCGCGGCGACGCUCUCGCGCGUGGUGCCGGUGCUGGAGCACGCGCAGCUGCUGCGCACGUGGCAGGCGUGGCGGCAGGUGCACUGGGAGGGCGCGGUGGCGCGCAUGGAGGGAAUGCUGGCGGGCAAGUGUCGCGAGGUGAGCCUGGCGUCGCGCGCGCUCGCGGGGCUCGGGUGGUACGUGCGGCACGCGCGCGAGAAGCGCGAGGCGUUCGAGGCGGCUGAGACGCAUGAUCGCCGCGUAGCGCUGAGGAGCGCGUUCGGGGCGUGGGCGCGCGCGGUGGACUCGCAGCGCGCGGAGCGGUGGCGCGAGGGGCUCGCGGUGCGGCACGCGGAGUACCUCAUGCAGCGGCGGGCGUGGGCGGCCUGGACGUGGUACAUCGAGCGCAGGCGGCAGAAGGCGACGGAGCGUGCGCAGGCGGUGCGGGACCACGUGGCGGUGGCGCGGGGCCACGCGCUGCGCAUGCUGCUUGCGACGGGGCUCGAGCGCAUCGCCGGCGCGCCCGAGGGCAGCGGUGCGCUCCCCGUGCGCGCGCCGCGGGGCGAGGCGGUGGGCCCGGAGCGCGCCCGCGCAACUGUCACCGUGACGCGCGUGCCGGCGGCGCGCCCGCUCCCAGAGCCGGUCGAAUGGGCGCCGCCGACGCCGCUGCCGCCCCUGCCGGAGCCACGGGCGGGAUUGGAUGUCGUCCACCACAUGGCCCCACGCCAUGCACCGCGGGCAGACGUACACGUCGAGGCCGCAGCCGACGCGGCGGCCGCAGGCCACGAGAUGCCGCAUCUCGGCCCGUCCGCAGCGGCCGACGAUCGCCGGGAGAGCGACGGCGCCCCUGCCGCAGAGGCGGGUGAGACUCAGCGACCGGCGGCGGCGGCGGACGCGAGCGACGACGAGAGGGCUGCGCGCGGCAGCGAUGGCGGGGACGACGCAGCGGUGGUACCUCCGUCCGAGUCGCAGCUCGAUCCGACCGCGGAGCCGUUCGCGCCGGAGCCGGGCGCGGGGCGAACAGAAGAGGAGCGGGGCGGCAGCGAGGGCGCCGCGGCCGCGGGGUCGGCGCCCGCGUCCGCGCCGAACACGCCGCCGAAGGCUCCGCGGGCGUCGGUGGGGUCGUCGCCGCCGGGCUGGACGCCGCGGGCCAGCGGCGGCGCGUCGCAGCCCCCGUCGGACUCGGUGUCGGUCUCCGCGCCGCCGGGGUGGACGCCUCGCGCGAGCGUCGAGGCGCUGCCGGCCGACGAGGUCCCAGACAUGCAUCCGGCGGCCACGGGGGGCUCGAGCGAGCCGCGCACGCCGCGGCUGUCGCGCGUGUUGCCAGCGGACCUUGAGCGCAGCCCACCGACUGCCCCGUCCUUCCUGGCGCGAGACCAGCCGCGCGGGUCACGGCGUGCGCUCGAGCUACUCGGCGGCGUCCUGCGGCGGCUCGACGCGGUCAUGGGCGGCCGCGACGACCAGUCAGACCCAGCUGUUGACUCAGUCGAAGUUGUGGCUCAUCCCGGCCCCCCCCCGGGGUCCGGCCUGCCUGCACCGCGCCCGGCGAGCGACGCGGAGGCCGCCAGAGCGCAGGCCGUUCGUGGAAUGCCCGCGGGGGCAGUGUCUGACCGCUACGAGAGUCCCCCUCGCGCGCAUCACCUCUCGGCGUCGAAGGUCGCGAGCGUCGAGGAGGCGCUGAUGGAGGAGAUGGACGUCAUCGAGGAGGAGCUGCGCGGGCUGGCCGCGCACCGCGACGCCGCGGCGCAGUCGAAGCAGGCCAUGCAACGCGCGGAGGAGGCACUGCUUGAGGCGGGGGCCGCGGGGGCGGGCGACGCGCGCAUGGCGCAGCUGCGCGAGGACCUCGCCGCGGAGCAGCGCGCCGCCGACGAGCUGGCCGCGGCUUGGGACGCGCGGCGGGAGCUGGCGGCGGAGCUGGUGGCGCGCGUGCAUGAGAUACAGGAGACGCUCGCGGUGGUGUCGGCGGCGACCGGCGGGUAG